UGUGUGUGUGUGCGUGCGUGUGCGUUGUGUGGAAUAUAACAGCGCUGCGCCAUCAGUUUGCGUCCGAGUCGUGUCCAGAGGUGCACGAUGGUGCGGAGUCAUUGAUAAAAAAAUAAGAAAUAAAUUAAAAAAAUCCGUUUCCUCUGGAAUUAAAAUGAGCUCUCCUGCUGAGCGGCUCUCCUCCUCCUCAUAGCGCUGCCCCCUCUCAGCUCCAGAUCUGUUUUUUUCCGGCACAAGAAGCAGGAUGACUACUACAGCAUCGCUGGUGAUUUUGUGCGCGUUGGUGACAUUAACGUCGGCGUCCAAGACGGAGCGGGCCGUGCUGGUCCACUGUGACUCCGGCCAGUACACCUCCAGCGGGGAAUGCUGCAAGGAGUGCCCACCUGGGGAAGGAGUGAAGAAGAAAUGCGGCACCACUCAGACUGUGUGCACUCCGUGUGUGGACAGUGAGACCUUCUCGGAGAACUACAGCCACACGGAGCAGUGCAGGCCGUGCACGCUGUGCACGGGCCUGAUGCGGAUGGCCACGCCCUGCACCGACUCCAACGACGCCCGGUGCGAGUGCAACUACAACUACUUCUUCAGCCGGGUGUCGGGCCGCUGCGAGCUGUGCACGGUGUGCCCGGUGGGCCAGGGCGUGUACUCCCACUGCGACCACAACCACGACACGGUGUGCGAGGAGUGCGUGGACGAGACCUUCUCCGACCGCGAGAGCUCCCUGGAGCCCUGCCUGCCCUGCACCAUCUGCGACGAGGAAACGGAGAUCCAGACGGCCCUGUGCACGCCCACCAACGACUCCGUCUGUCACAAUCCAAACCUGCCUAAAUACUUGACUCCCACCUUUGAUCCAUUUGCAUCGUCCCCUCCGGACUACUUCUUCCCCUAUGGCUCUGAGAGUCCCAUCCCGGUUGGGGAGACGACCACCUCCAGCGCGGGUUCUCCUCGCUUUCUGGGCCACGGCCUCAACGAAAACCUCAUCCCCAUCUACUGCUCCAUCCUGGCUGCUGUGGCCGUGGGCCUGGUGGCCUACUUUGCCUUCAAAAGGUGGAAUAGCUGCAAGCAGAACAAACAGGCAGCUAAUAACCGUGCAGCCACAAACAACCAGAUGGUGACGCCGGAGGGGGAGAAGCUGCACAGCGACAGCGGCAUCUCGGUGGACACCCAGAGCCUGCAGGAGCAGCAGCAGCAGCAGGCUCAGGCCGAAGUCCAGCCCCAGCCCUCACUCUCCCACACGCAGGAGCAAAUAGUGGUGAGCGUGGACGGCAGCCCCGAGCACGACUCCCCUCCCCCCGAAUACUGAGGAAGAGGAGGUGGCAGAGCUAAGGCCCGGGGGGAGACAACUGGAGAGUUGAACCGUGGACCAAAGUAAAGGCCGGGGGGGGUGCCACACAGAGAAUGUAAAAACGAACUUCGAUUGAUAACUGAAGUGGCCACAGAGCAACAACUACACUUACAUGGACCUUCCAGGACCUUUGGGCCACAUUCUGACUCUUCAUCCUGGUAUUUUGAGUCCGGCUCUGCCAGUCAACCGGCUGGGACAAAAAAAAAAAAAAAAAAAACUCUACGGCAAUAUCAACUACUGUCUGAAUGAGUGUUACUAAGCUGUAUGCCAUCUCAUAUUAACAGAUUCUUUCAUAUGACAUCAUUCUCAGUAGCUGCCAGUUUAACAUCUUCCUCCCGUUUUACGUUUGACUGAGGUCAACUGCCAUGAAACAUUAGUGCCUGAGAGCUAAAUAGGCAGAGAGUUACUCUAUUAGAUUCUCUAUUUUUUAUUUUAUUUUCAUCAUCAGAAUGGGGCAGCUUUUUCCUCGCGUAUCUUCCUCUGUGAAAUCCCACUCUCAGAUAAUCCUCAGAAGGACUCGCUCUAUUGUUCCCCCCGCUGUCAGUGAUUCAAAAGCAACAGGGGAGUCGUGAGUCACUAAACUCCUUUCUUCGUGUGUUUCUUCAUGUGUCAGUUAACCACAGAUGCGUUUCUUUUCGUCCUGUCUCAGAAAACGAAUGUGUCACUAUCUGAAACUGCCUGGGAGGGACUCGUAUUUGGGAAGAGAGGUUCCUUACUUUCUCUUCUGCUGAGUAAUCGGCUGUUUUUGCUCGGUCAGAUGCUUAAAACCUCACGCCCAAAGGCUGGGCUCAUGUUUGUGGUGCAGCGCUGUCAUUUUUGAGGCUUUUUCAGGCUGCCUCCGUGCACCUCUGUGGAUCCUGCCUUUGCAGCCAGCAGAAGAGGAGCAUCUCUGGACUCCGGAGCGAUGCUGACUCACCGCAGCCCCGAAGGGAAGGGGGGAAGCCGUAUCCAGAGCUGGAAACGCCGCAGUGACGUCAUCUCUUUAAUGAAUCCGGGACCGAAAUAACAUCCCGAGCAAGGAAUCCCAUCUAUAAUCAUUUACACAUUCGGAGGAGAAAAUUAGGACGCCCCUCAGAGGAUGCACGCACCUCCACCUCCACAGGGCCCACUCCUACCGCCUAGCAUCCAGCUCCAUCUGUGUUCCGGAGUGUGAUGAACGGUGUUCGGGCUGUAACGCUUUGUCGCAGGGGGCUCAUGUCAACACAGAGCCCAUUAAGGAGACGUCUUGACAGGCAGGUAGUAAUUACCUCAGGGUUUCAGCUUCAUUUACCCUCCGCUCCCCCUCUCAUGGGGAUUAAUGUAGUGGACAGUGACGGGCUGGCGGCCCUCGCCGAAGCCCCUCAGUGUGACAUUACAGAUCCCUUUUUUCCAAGACUGAGGCCACUGGCAUUUGUUACAUCGCCAUGGUGAUAUAAAGCACUUAGUCCGGGCUCACUUCCAUAUCUCGCCGGCCUUUUUUCCAUAGAAGACCGCUUGUAGAAGCAGUCAGUUUAUCCGCCAUGUAAAGAAAUAUACUGUAGAGGACAGGUACCUUCUCAGGAUUCAUUUUGUUGUAUAUGAGAUUAUGGGGACUUUCUGGACAAAAGUAAAGACAAGUCUGAAAGACGGGCUGCUAUCGAGGGUUACAACACCGAUUCGUUUAAUGACUUUUUUCAAAUACAAACUAAUCGUUUAGCAUUUAAACAGCAUCCUGAAGCCCACAUUUGCACUGUAGCCGUAAACCUAACCCUCCCAGUUCAGAUGCUGAAAAUGUUCUUUGCUUUUGGACCAAACAUAAAGUCAGCUUGAGUUCAGUUGCGCUUCCAUUUGAUUUACUCAACUUUCCUCACCUCCCAAUGUUAAGUUGGCCACAAAUCACCAGUGGGACGGAUGGGGUGUGCUGAUUCAUUCAUUUUGGAAGACUAUGAACCCCUUCAUGCAAGAGAUGUCUGGUUUAAAACUGCUCUUGCGCAAUGUUUUGUACGAUCACUGUAGAUGGUGAUCCUGUGUUCUGUGAUUGAUUCUGUGGUCUUUAGCCGGGGUCCCCUUGUUGGAGACCUCCAGUGUGGAUUGUGCCAGUGCCAUCUGCACCAAAACAAACCAAAACUGCUCUGUUUGCUUUAAAACUAGCAAAGCAAUCACCCAAAACUAUGAAAUCCAUCGAGUCCCAUACCCAAAGCUUCAUGAAAACAAAAGCAUUCUCACAACAAGAAGCAUGUGAAGUCAUAAUAUUUCUGACAGGUGGAACCAAAUUGUCUAUCCAUUUCGAGAAAAGUUGGAAGUUAUUUCUUGCUAUCGGUGUUUGUAAGGCUGAGUUGUAGAAAGAAAAUGUCUCCCAGAGAGAAGAAAACAGUGAAAAUGAGUCAUCACAUCCUGUUUGGCGCUGCAUUGAUUGAUCACAUCACCUCAAGACAAUUAAACUUCCUCAUUCAACUUGUGAUUCAUGAACCGCUGCAGCGUAAUUAUUGGAAACUUUUUCAGCUCUGUGGCUGAUGUGGUGUCGACAUGUGACCAAGCAAGUGUGUGAUUCACGCCUCUGCUGAGCGAGUCGGUGUGAUUCAUUCUGGCCCUCGCUGUGGCGGUGACAUUAAAGCAAACCGCUGCAGUCGGACCAAAGUGACCAAAGUUGAUUAAAAAAAAAGGCUCGAAUCCAUCUCCCCCUGAGGCCCGCUCCGCCUCCAGCCGUGCACUCAUCCUCCCUGAGCUCACGACUUCCUUCUCAGACACUUUUAGUAAGAAUGUGCAGCAUGAAUAUAACAAAUGCCGGACACAUUCACUCUCUCUUCAUUUGUUUCCCCUUUGUGUUUGUUUUUACAUUUCUCGUUUGCGCAUAGUAUGAAUAGUACACCACUUUGGAAUCAGUAUUUUUUCUAUCUGAUGUUAUUUUGUAGCACUUAUUAGAUGUAAUAUGAAUGCACUCAAAGAGUGCCCCACAGCUCAAGUGCCUGUACAAUGUCUUGAGAAAUUUUCUGUUGAGAAGUUUAAGUAGAUAUCUUGUUUGCAUUUUUCCACUGAUUUUAUGCUUUUAUGUGCAUUUGUUUUGGAUAAUUGAAAUCUAAUGAAGGCUUUUAGGGAACAGAAUAAUGGACAAACUCUGGAGACUUACACAAACUGUAUAAACUAGGCACCCAUUUAAAGACUUGGAUUACUUUCAGGCUGCCAGUGAACACAUAUGAUAUGUUAACAUGAUAUGAAUAUAGGUCCAUGUAGCAUUAUGAAAACGUAUACAUGUCAUGGGGUACUGCUACUCUGAAAUUUGCAUAGGCCAUUUGUCGGUGGAGAUCAGCUCUACUGGACAGAUCUUUUGCAUGGACAGUAAGUUCAUCAUGACAUCUGCAGUAUACUGACAUCUAUGGGGAGGCUCACUGUGACUCUCUGUGAUUUUAUUACUUGAUACAGAUGAAUCAGAACCCAGUUCCCCAAAAAGCUGAAUGUCACAUGUAGUUAUCUACUAAUGUAAAAUGCAUUGUGUAAAUGUGAAUUUCUUAGAGUUGAUACAAGAUUAAAAAAUACAUAAUAAAAUUGAAAUGAACAUCAGUAAUAAAAUAAUUAAAAAAAGAUG